AUGCUUGGAGUGGCAUUUUUACACAGUAGCCCAUUCAAAAAACAUCCGUGAAUAUUUUCUAAAGCAAAUCUAAAAAUCUAGUCUACAAAUCGUAUUUACUACUUAAGUUGAGGCCUUAGGCUCUACGCAUUUCUUGGUUUUUUUUAUUUAUUAGUUUUCAGUUGCAAGUAAUUUAUAAUACUACUAACAAUGUGCUCCAAAACCAAUGAACGUGCAACUAGGCUCCAUGAGCCAGGAAGAGUUUGUCGGGAGUUGCUCUACCUCAGAUCAAAGAUGCCUGUACGUGAAGUUCCUGCUUUUACCUAUCAGGCACUGCAGCCCAACACGGUAGUAAAGCCUCCCCCAAAAAUCGACAUCUUCAAGCGAAAGCCAGUGAAGGAAACCGUUUUCAAGAUCUAUUUCAAUCGCGGGGACAUUCCGUGUGUAAUGUCCGGCCGGACUAGCAAACAAGAUCCGACCAAGGAGCGCCCGGUGAAAUGGCACUGUGUUCCGGAGAAUCUCGACUAUUGCUACUAUUUACCCAUCUUUGUGGAUGGACUGGCGGAUAUGGACUAUGACACCCGGUUGCUGGCUGUCAAUGGAGCCAUUGACCUCAUCAUGAGGUCACCCAAAAAGGUUCUACCAGUCCUGCCCAAACUGAUCCUUCCGCUCAAAAGGGCCUUUCAGACGCGCGACAAGCGGAUCAUCAUAUCCGCCCUUCAGGUCAUUCAGCUGAUGGUUCGCCUGGGUCCUUGUGUGGGUCAAGCCCUCGUCCCUUUUUACCGUCAAUUGCUGGCCGUGUGCAAUCUUUACAAGAACAUCAAUGUGAAUCUGGGAGAGGGAAUCGAUCCUGAUCGCAACUGCCGCAUCGGCGACGUCAUCGAGGACACCCUCAAGUUGCUGGAGUAUUGCGGAGGACCCAAUGCCUUCAUCAAUAUCAAGUACAUGGUGCCCACGUACGAAAGCAGCGUCUUCCCAAAAUGCGAGGCACCCCAGCCACGAGAUCCCUGAGUCUUCCGCUUGCCGAUUUGCUUUUCUUUGGAGGACUUUUUGCCUAAAGGAAUAUCCAUGUUCGGCUGCACUUACCCCGUACUUGUGUCAACGACUUACCACCCGAGACCCCCUGGAACACGGCCAUCUGUUAGACAGUCAAGUGAUAAAUGCCUAAUUAAUUUUUAAUUUUCGAAAACGCAAAAAAGGCGGCCGGAGAUAAACAAAUAAAAGCAGACGUUGCAAUACAUAUACAAUUUUUU